AAAAUUUCCGGGUGGUGGCUCUCAACAACGCAGGUAUCGCAGGUUUUGAAGGAAAAAUAAAGUCACAAACUGGGUGGUGGCUCGUUGGACUGCGACGGCGAUCGCGGAGGCGUCGACGGACGGCGUGAAGAAGAUUGGGUCCCUUGCUUAUUGUUGGAGGCGCUGCCAUCGUCGAUGAGAGUGGGGGACGCAAACAAGUAGACGCAGUGAGGUGCUUGGCUGAGCAUGGUGGUCGCUGGAUCUGCGGUGGUUGCAUGCUUAAUGACGGUCGAGAUUUCUCAUAAUUUUUCUCAUUGAGCUAGUUGGGCUAUCAUUUGAUUAACAUGGAUGUAGCACAUUGCUACUUAGAUGGUAAUGCUGAUGCUGUGGAGUUUUGUUCACAUGAUUCGAAUCGCGAUGUUCUAGCAGCAUCUACUUACACUCUACAUGAAGGUGAUCAGCCUAGUCGAUAUGGAAGCAUUUCACUUUUCAAUAUUGAUGUGGAGACAAGCCACUUUGACAUGGUGUAUAGUGAGGAGACUUGUGGGAUUUUUGACAUAAAGUGGAACCCUCCUGCGGGGCAUGUGAAUCUGUUUCUAGCUCAAGCAGAUGCUGAUGGAUACUUGAGAAUUAAAACGCUGGAGGGUGGUUGUGAUGCAGCACAAGGGGUUCAUCUAAAAGAGAUGACAAGUGAAAAAAUAAGCAACUAUAUGUGUCUAUACCUUGAUUGGAACCCUUCAGCCACAUCCAUCACUGUAGGUCUUUCUGAUGGUUCUGUGUCUAUUGUUUCUCUUCUUGAAUCAAAGCUAGAAAUACAGGAAGAGUGGAAGGCACAUGAUUUUGAACUCUGGACAACAUGCUUUGAUAUCCACCAGCCAAACUUGGUAUACACCGGCUCCGAUGAUUGUAAGUUCAGUUGUUGGGAUUUGCGUGAUGGUCCUUCCAAGCGAGUAUUUCAGAACUCUAAAGCCCACAAAAUGGGUGUUUGUUGCAUUCAAAAGAGUCCUCAUGACCCAAAUAGCCUAUUAACAGGGAGUUAUGAUGAAUUUUUGAGAGUGUGGGAUGUAAGAUCAAUCUUGAAACCCAUUAAUGAGAUUUCAAUUAGUCUAGGGGGAGGAGUGUGGAGGGUGAAGCACCACCCCUUUGUUCCAGGCCUGGUCUUGGCUGCAUGUAUGCACAAUGGUUUUGCAAUUGUUUCCAUUAAAGGUGAUAAAGCUGAAGUGUUGGAAACUUACAAGAAGCAUGAUUCCCUUGCAUAUGGAGCAGACUGGCACAAAGGAGAAGCAAGUCAGAUAGGUGGGAGAACCAAACCACUAGUGGCUACUUGCUCCUUCUAUGACAAACUUGUCAGAUUAUGGAGGCCAGAAAAUGAUAUUAUGUUGUGAUUGAUGGUUAGGGUUUGUCCAAUUUGGAAAUGUACUGCAUAACUUUAUUAUUGAAUCAUGGUUGCAUUAAACAUGGAAUUAUUACACUUCCAUUUGCCUUUAAUCUUCAUUUCAGACCUGUUCUUUCA